AUGUCUGGGCCAAGCAGCUAUAAGGCCGUUUCGAAAGGAGCAGUAUACACCGAUAUCGACCAUGUCCCCGUCACGACCGUCCUGCCGCAAGGCGACAUACCCUAUGUUGACCAUGCGAUGGACGAAGACGAGAGGGUGAUUGUGGCCUUGGGAUACAAACAAGAGUUCAAGCGCGAGUUCUCUCUAUGGACGACUUUCUGCGUCAGUUUUUCGGUGUUGGGGCUGCUUCCAUCCUUUGCAAGCACGAUAUACUACGGAAUGGGCUAUGCAGGGACCGCUGGGAUGGUCUGGGGUUGGAUCAUUGCGAUGUUCUUCAUCCAAUGUAUUGCGAUGUCCAUGGCUGAGCUAUGUUCUGCGAUGCCUACCAGUGGUGGGCUUUACUACGCCGCAGCAGUUCUUGCUCCGCCAAAAUAUGGACCCUUCGCCGCAUGGAUCACCGGAUGGUCCAACUGGAUCGGACAAAUUACUGCAGCGCCAUCUGUGGAUUAUGCGCUCUCUGCGAUGAUCCUCGCCGCUGCGUCGAUGCAGAAUCCAGACUAUGUCCCGACAAACUGGCAGGUCUACCUGUUGACAACUCUCGUCAUGAUUAUACAUACGGCUAUCAGCAGCAUGCCUACCAUAUGGGUUGCGCGCGUCAAUUCGUGGGGCUCGACGUUCAACAUGCUUGCCCUCAUCAUAACCCUCAUCGCCAUCCCUGCCGGGACUACGAACGAGCCCAGAUUCACCCCGUCCAAGGAGGUCUGGGGUACCAUCACCAACCUUACCGACUUUCCCAACGGGGUUGCCGUGCUGAUGACCUUUGUCGGAGUGAUCUGGACCAUGUCCGGCUACGAUUCGCCGUUCCAUCUGAGCGAGGAAUGUUCCAACGCCAACAUCGCUUCACCGCGUGCGAUUGUGAUGACCUCCGGCGUGGGCGGCCUACUGGGCUGGUUCCUGCAGCUUGUCGUCGCCUACACCGUCACCGACAUCGACGCCGUCAUCAACUCGGAUUUAGGCCAACCCUGGGCCUCGUACUUACUGCAGGUCAUGCCGCGUAAGACUGCCCUCGCCAUUCUGUCCCUGACCAUCAUCAGCGGCUUUUCCAUGGGACAGGGCUGUAUGGUAGCUGCAUCACGAGUAACAUACGCCUACGCACGAGAUGACUGCUUCCCUCUAUCCAAAUACUGGAAGAUAGUCAACACGCGCACCCAGACCCCUGUCAAUGCGGUGGUCCUCAACGGUGUUCUGGGCAUUCUCAUGUGCCUGCUGAUCCUGGCUGGCAAUGUGGCCAUUGGCGCAUUGUUCUCAAUUGGCGGCAUUGCCCAAUUUGUCGCCUUCGCCAUUCCCAUCGCGAUUCGGGUGUUCUUCGUGGGCCACCGGUUCCGUAAGGGGCCAUGGCAUCUGGGUCCUUAUGGACCGUGGAUCGGAGGCAUGGGGGUGGCGUUCGUGCUUCUGAUGAUCCCCGUGCUGUGCUUGCCCAGCGCCACGGGGUCUGAUCUGACGCCCGAACUGAUGAACUGGACGUGUCUGGUCUGGGGGGCACCGAUGCUGGGGGUGACCAUCUGGUGGUUUGUGGAUGCGCACAAAUGGUUCAAGGGGCCGAAGGUGAAUGUGGAGCACGCGAUUCAUGCUGUGGAGGAUGAGGCGUCUGUUAUUGACGGCAUUGACGGCGUAGGGGGCGACGAGGAUGCGGAGCCACAUACAUCGAGCAAAGCAUCUACUAGAUAG